CGUCUCAGCAGCGUGAUGAAGACUUGUGUGCUCCUCGCUCUCUUCCUGAUGGCAGGUGUGUCUCUUGGAGACAUCCAGAAGAGAAUCGAAGAAGGUGGAAGGCCGUGCACCGCUGAUGAAACCAAAUCUUUUGUUUUCAUUACCCGCUGUUCUGGUACCGUCAUUGGCGACGGGAACUGGGUUAUCACUACAAAACACUGCGAGGGUGAUGGAGGGAAAUACGACAUUGAGGACGUCAACUUAAAUCUAAAAGUCACCUCGAAGAAAACUUUUCCACACAAUACUGCUGACAUCAUGCUGAUCAAAGGGAAGACCGGCAUGCCUGGUAUGCCCUUGGUGUCUGAGGAUGACUGCAGCCAAGUCAUGGACCUAAUAUACAUAAACCCUGUAAAGAUGGUCAUUUCUGCUCGGGACACGAAGGUUAAGAAAACUACUGGGACAGAUGCUUCCAUGUGUGCCGACAUCAACGUGAAGGGAUGGACCACUGAAAAAGCCCAGCUGAAAAAACCCAUGCAAAAGGUUUUGACCUGGACUCCUCUUGCCUGCGACAGCUGUGAUGGGGAUUCUGGUGCUGGAAUUAUUUACAAUAACGCUCUGUUUGCUGUUCAUAGUGGAGCUGGGGAACACUAUGGACAAGACAAAAUCAUGUAUUCUGGAUACGUCGUCUGUGAUGGAAAAAUACGUAAAUGGAUUGUUAAAACUAUGAAAGAUAAUCCUUAAAAGUGUAGUUGUGUGAUCCUUGUUUGUGAGCAACAAUAAAGAGACGUCAGGUCUCCUUAAGAG